AUGUCGAGCGCACAGCCAAGGAUCAGACCGAUGGAAGAUAGAGACGUGGAUGGAGCUGGCUGGAUAUUCGCUCAUGGCUUUGUGCCCAUGAUGCAGAAUGUCUUUCCAUCGGGAACAACGGAAGAUCUGAUUCGCGCCCGCAGUGCACGGAUUGGGCACAGUCUACAGGAAGUUCGAAGCGGCAAAAGACCAAAGGGCAGAAUGGAGGUGGUGGUGCGAGAUGCGGUUGAUGCGGCCGGAAAGGUGGCACAAGAAGAGCAGCUGCUUGGCUUUGUGGAGUGGAGAAUCGUCGAUGUUGAAGUGGAGAGGCAGCAGCGUGUGGAAGCGCAGGAGGAUGCCAAAGAAGAGGACGAUGCGCUGGACAGGAUCAUGGCCAUGUAUCCCUCGGACGCUCGCAUGGAUCUGUACAAAAAGAUGAUUUCCAACUUUGACAAGGCACAUCACCAGUAUGCCGGAAAGUUCAGACAUGCGUGUGAGUGACUCAGACUGCAUCUAACGCUCCGCAUUCGUGAUUGCUCGAGAUCUCGAGGACAUCAUCCCGACGUGCCUGCCUACAGCAGGCUUUAGCGCGUACUCGUGACUGAAGCAACGCGCUGCUUGGCCACUCCACUCCACUCUACUGUGACAGACGUGGAAAUCUUGGGCGUGUCCCCACGCCACGCACGAAGCGGCGCUGGGAGUCUCGUACUCGAACACAUCGCCGAAGCAAGCGCAAAAGAAGAUGUACACAAUAUCUUUUUGCUUGCCGCUCCAACGCCCUCCGCCGUGCCAUUCUACAAGAAGCACGGCUAUAAGGAGCUGGCAAAGGUAACAAGCGAGGGUCUCGAAGAUUCUAUCGCAAUGCUUUGGACGCGACCCGAGAACACAUCGUAA